AUGUUACAAACAAUUAACUCUAAAGUUGAAAACGUUGUAUACGUUCGUUUGCUUACCCUACCAUCCGACUUAUUAAGCGUUCCAGUCUUCCACAAAUUUUAUCCGCUAGUAUCUGCUGCUUAUUACAGCAAGAAGAAAAAUAGUGCUUCUUCCGCACCAAGGAAAGAAAAUAAAAAGGUGUUGGGAUGGUCACUACUUAAAUGUUUUGGUGCGAGAAAAAAGAUGGAUGGUAUAAGGCCCGAUGGCCUUGUACUUAAAGCCUUGUUGGGGGGCGAGAAGAGUGAGGGCCCUAUUUUCAGAAAAUGUUUCGAAAAUAGGGGUGUAGGAAGGAACGAUGAUGGGGAAGAUGGGGUAGAGAAACGUGUCAGAGGUACAAUCGAUGAUCCCUGUAAGGACACGGUUUCUUACCCCAACUUCGAUGGGUAUUUUGGAAAAAUACGAGAGAAUGAGAAGGUUGGCCCUGUAGAUGUCAAAAUUGAUGGUGGUAAAAUGGACCUUCUGUGUGCUGAUUACGAAAUAAUAAGACUCAUAGGGAAAGGUGGAUUCGCCAAGGUUUUUCUAGUUCGGUCCAAAAGAAACGGUCAGGAAUAUGCCGCUAAGGUGAUCAAGAAGCGAUUCCGUGAUCACGUAGAGGAUAUAGACAGUUAUCGACAGGUGCAUCGCGAGAAAAAUACUUUCGAUAAAAUUCAAAAUCUCCCUUUUUUGGUUGAGUUGUUUAUGUUUUACGAUACCCCGAUGAACUACGCCUUUAUUAUGGAGUACGUUGACGGUGGAGACCUCCAUCGUCACCUCCAACAGCAACCUCAUUUCAAAUUACCCGAGCACCACGCUCGGUUUUAUGCUGGGGAGAUAACCUUGGCGAUCCACCACCUUCAUAGCGAAGGAAUUAUACAUCGCGAUAUCAAACCGGAAAAUAUUCUCUUGUGUUCCGACGGUCACAUAAAACUUGCUGACUAUGGCCUCUGCACAGACAUUUUGGUUGGUAGAAGAAAUACUCUAGGAAUGGGCACCACGUGCUACUGUGCUCCAGAAUCCACCCGAGACCCAUAUUACAACUUCAGCAUUGAUUGGUGGGCCUUAGGGGUAGUUCUGUACGAGAUGCUGGUUGGCGAACUACCCUUUGGCCCAGAAGCCAAUGAUACCUCUCCAGUCAAACUCGAACGAAUUCCUAAAUUCGUUUCGAGCAUCGCUUCAUCCAUUAUCAAAGGAUUCCUCACCGAGGAUCCUCUUAAAAGGCUUGGUAGCAAUGGUGUUGAUGCUAUCAAGUCGCAUGGCUUCUUUGCGAAAAUAGACUGGCAGCUGAUGGAACAGAAAAUGACACCUCCCCCCUAUACACCAGAAACGGGUUGCUACAACCGGAAAUAUAGGGGGGUUUGGGAUGCCUUGCCUUAUUACGAAGUCAGAAAUCACUGGGUACCAGAUUCUAUGACAUCUUUGCCUACUGUUGGGAAACGUAGAGGUUUGGAGCUGAAGAACAUGACCCAAACUCUCAAAGGCAUUAAUUACAUUCGCAACAAUUCUUCAAUAGUAAAUACUUCCCAUCUGUUAGAAAUUCUAAAUGAUCAUGGGAAUAUCACACUUUUCCUUCCGAUUAGCAAUUCGGGUUUUGGUCUUGAGCGGAAUAUUAUUCCCGAAUAUUUGCAUAGGGGUCUCAUAUUAAACGACAUGCGAAAAGUCACGAUGGGUAACGAAUCACAUGACUUACAUUUCACGAUUCACAAAACUAGAACGAGUACCCGAUGGGCAGUUAACUGUGUACCCGUGAUAAAGGAUUAUUUUACUACUCAAGGAAUGAUUUACAAAUUAAAGGAGGAUUUUCCUCGCACCAAACAAACUGUGUAUGAUUUCCUGAAGCAACAAGAACUCAACUCGACUAUGGCAAAAUAUUUGAUAGCCUCAGGAUUAGCCAAUUUGACUCUUAAUCCCGGGAAAUAUCAUACUAUCAUCUUACCAUCAAAUUCAGCUAUAAAUCAAUUAUCUCCACAACUCAUCCAGGAAUUAGAAUUUAAUGUAAAAUGUGCUAAAGAUUAUUUCGGAUAA